CCGGAACGAGUCCAAGCGCGGUCUGGCGAUGGCGGAAAAGAACGCGGCACUGUUAUUUUAAACCCCUUGGAAGUCGAUUACGCGCACCGGGAGGUAACGACACCCCCACGCGGAGGAGACUCCGUUGGGAGAAUGGAUCAAGCUCACGCACUGUUCUCCUAAAAUAAAUAAAACGAUUAAAAAUCGUGAGAUCUCUCGUCCCUCCCCCCCCGAGCCCCUCAACGGCGGAUCCUACCGCUCGAUCGCUCUCUUCCGUCUCUUUCGAUCUAUUUUUCUCUCGAUGAUCUCAUCGUAAUCUGAGGUGGAUCUGUGAUCGUGGCUUGGAAUUAGGGAUUUAGGCCCCUCGAUCGAUUGCGUCACUGUUGUUGUGGUUGUUUUCUUGAUUCGAUGGCUGCUCCACCUGCUAGGGCUCGGGCGGACUACGAUUACCUGAUAAAGCUUCUCCUGAUAGGCGACAGCGGUGUUGGUAAAAGUUGCCUCCUCCUGCGUUUCUCCGAUGGCUCCUUCACCACCAGUUUCAUUACUACAAUUGGCAUUGAUUUUAAGAUAAGAACAAUUGAGCUGGAUGGCAAGCGCAUUAAACUUCAAAUAUGGGAUACUGCUGGUCAGGAGCGGUUUCGAACUAUUACAACUGCAUACUAUCGAGGGGCCAUGGGUAUUUUGCUUGUGUAUGAUGUCACUGAUGAGUCAUCUUUCAACAACAUCAGAAACUGGAUCCGGAACAUUGAACAACAUGCUUCUGAUAAUGUGAACAAAAUUUUGGUGGGAAACAAAGCUGAUAUGGAUGAAAGCAAAAGGGCGGUGCCUACUUCAAGGGGACAAGCGCUUGCGGAUGAGUAUGGCAUCAAGUUUUUUGAGACUAGUGCAAAGACAAAUCUAAAUGUGGAGCAGGUCUUCUUUUCAAUAGCUAGAGAUAUAAAGCAAAGGCUUGCUGAAACUGAUACUAAACCUGAGGACCGGACAAUUAAGAUUAACAAACCGGACCAGGCACCUGCUGAGGGCAAUGCAGCACCAAAAUCUGCUUGCUGCGGUUCCUGAUGGAACAAUUGUUGGUGGUGGUGGUCGGGUGGGUGUUGACUUUGUUGGGAACUAAUUAUCUUGUUAUAGGUCAAUGUUGUUAUGAAGAUAACCAUUAUAUGGCGAGUGCUUGUAUUUUUAAUCCUUCCAUUCUUUGCAACUCCUGGUCUAGUGUGUAGUAGUUCUUCCACCGCUGGGGAACCUAUUGACUAUUUUUUUUGGCAUGGGACCGCGAAGCAUCUUCCUUAUAUUUAUCUUUCCUAUGGGGGCUAUGGCAUGCCUUUUUUGCAUUCCA